AUGUCGGACAUCCUCGAGAAGAUGUGUGUCGGAUCAGAAGAUAUCAAGGAGAACAAGCUGUCAAUUACAUGCCAGAAGUUUCGUAGUUUCCAGAUGAUCAAAGGCGAAACCAUUGACGAGAUGGAUUUCAGAUUCAACAAACUACUGAACGAAGUGCAAGCCACCUCGAAGGACAAGCUGAGAGAUCCCAACAAGACUAAAAUCUCUGACGAAGAAGCUCCACCAGCUUCUAAGGGAGAAGCACUGAAGGCUAUCUCUAAGGACUCAAAGAAGCAGUCUAAGGAAAAGACUGAAUUGAGUUCAGAAGACUUGUUGAAUCAGUACGCAAUGAUGACUGAAAUAUUCAACAAGAUGGAGUCAAGACUGAAAAAAUUCAAGAAGAUCCAGAAGAGAAAUUACAAGGAAAGGAAGGCUCUCUGCGCCAAGAGAGACAAACACUUCGAGAAGAAGAAAGCCGUGGUGGCUGAAUAUGCAGAGGACUCCAGUUCCUCUUCAUCAUCUUCCUCGAGCAAUUCCACAAGUUCAAACGACGAGAGUCAAGCACUGAUGGCCCAUGACGUUGAGAGCGUACCUGACAACAACCUCAACAGCUACGACAAUAGAAUCAACAGGCCUAAGGAUAAAUCCAGGAAACAAAACAAAAAGAAAGAAGAAGCACAGGCACCAAAGAAUACCUGGUAUCUGGACAGCGGAUGUUCAAAACACAUGACUGGAUUCAAAGAAUAUCUAAGCCAGUAUGUGGAGAAAGCUGGAUCCAAAGUUGCAUUUGGAGACAAUUCACUUGGAGAAACAAAAGGUUACAGUAUUCUAAACAUGGGUAACGCAUGUAUCUCGAACGUUAGCUAUGUUUCUAGUUUAAAGUAUAAUCUUUUAUCUGUGAGUCAGUUUUACGACAGUGGAUUUUCUGUGAAAAUCAAGAAAGUUGAAUUCAUAGUGAAGAACAACAAGAAAAAAUUGGUACUGAAGAGGGUCAGACAAGGAAACCUUUAUGAAGUUUCAUGGGAAGAUAGCCGAACAGAGACCUGCCUAUCAGUAAGAACCAAGCCAAACUCAACUGGAUAUGGCAUCAGAGGCUGA